AUUUUAUCAAAAAAAAUGGAUUUAAUACAUACAUCAGUUUCUUCAAUUUUUUUGAAAACACAUUCGGAAAUAUUUUCGUUAGAAAAGAGUUUAAUCAACUCAAAACGUUAUAUCAAACAAAUAACGAUUACGAAUUGGAAUUUAAAAAAAGAAUCUCCUCUUGAAAGCGUAGAAUUUGACAAUAUACAAGAUAAGGAACCUCAACAAUUAGAUAAUCAAAUUCUUACACCCUUUCAACUUGAAAAUUUUCAAAAAAUAUUUGCUCAACAUACAAUUAAGGAAAGCGAUGAGGAACAAGAAAUUAAUGAACAAUUAACAAUACUUUUAGAUCAGCAAGAAAAGGAUGCUUUUUUUUAA